AUGCCACCACAGCCAGGAGUAUUUGCCCUAUCUCACUCCUCCACGCACAAAGUCCGCGCAGGAGCCACCAGCGAGCUCGCCUCCGUCAACACACUACACUACGAGACUCUCGCGGGCCCGAGCUCGCGACCGCAUGCCCCCCAGACGGAAGAGGCCAAGAGGGACAAACGAAGGAAGGAGGUUAUAGGCAAGAUCAGCAAAGAGAUGGCAGACCGACGAGAAGAGUGCGUACAAAUCGGCCGCCAUUAUGCGGAGACGAUCUCAGACCUCCACAGCAUCUCCAUCCAACUCUCAACCCGCCCCGAGACCCUCGGGGCGUACAACCUCCGGCUCUAUCCCCUCUCCCUAGAACGAGGCGCGUUGCUCUCGUCGAGCUCGUUCCAGGAACGGCACGCUCUGCAGGCCGUGCAGACCGCGUAUGACGAGGAGCGCGAGCGCGUCGAGGAGGAAUGGCGGCGCGGCCGCGAACGUAUCAGAGAACGCAUGCUCGAGGGCAUCGAAGAGCGCCGCCGCCGUGCGCGCGAAGAGAAAGAGGGCGAGGGCACCGUCGUCGACGGCGGCAUGGACGCCCAGUCCCGCCCGCACAUCACGCGAAAGCUACGCAACAAGCUGGGUGGGGGCACGUCGCCCCCACCGACGCCCACGCCCGGGGGACACCCCGGGCACGCCAACGGCGCGACCGCGUCGGGCCCAGUGACGACUGGGCCGGUGCUCAAUCCACACUCGCUCUCGGUGGACGAGCUGCCAUCGCCGUUCCCGCUCACGCUCAUCUCCGCGCACCCAAAUGCCUCGCAGAGCUAUGGGCACGGGGCGGGGGUCGCGGCGAGCAACGGGAAGCGGCGCGCGCGGGGCGGGGGGAGGGAGGCGCAGGCCCCGGGCACACUGGGGAAGAGCAUGAAUGUGUUCAAUCCGCUGAAGGACGUGGAGUACGAGGCGGACCUGGGCGAGAUCAGGCGGGGGAACAAGAGGCGGCGAGCAGCUGCUGGAGCGCUUGCGGGGAAGGCAUAA